AUGUGGCCGUCCUAUAGUCCCGGGACAGACGGAAAUGUAAGUCCCAAACGGAGUCUAUCCAUGAAAAUCAACCCUGUCUUUCCUGAUGCGACAGUAGAGCUGAAACGAUACAAAGCGAGGGACUCGGAGGUAACGGCAGAUGAGAAUGAGAAUGUGGAAAAUCUGCAAUCGGCUGUGGAAGAUUCAGCCGUUCCCGAAAGCCCACCUGGAAUUAGAUCCAGAUUGUCUUCUUUCGCUGGACACGAUAGGGAACCCAGCAGUGGAAGCUACAACCUAUCCACAGGAACCAGUUACUACAGUUGUGUCAGCCAAAUUACCAUUGGUUUUGAUGUGGGCGGACAGGUAGCCAUCGGUUUCUCACGAUGGAAGAAUCCUUUUCCACAAGAUGGCCGUUUGUCUCCCAACCUGACCCAGUGUAACCCAGAGGACACCAGAGUUCCUUGCCCUCCGCCUCUCAUGCCCCCGGCUGAACUGUCAGAGCUUGUUUCCUGUCCAGCCUCAAUUUCAAUCACACCAGUGCCUUCUUACAGCAGCAGUCAGGAAACUAUCAGCGAAAACACUGCAGUGGUGGCUGCAGGAUUUAAUUCCUGGCUGGGCCCCAAAUUUUCACGGACUGGCCUUUUAUGA